AUGGCGGAGGGUGAGGAUCAGAGCGGGCUGGCGGACAGGCUGAAGUCGGCCCUGGACGCCCUGGGGCUCGCCAACAAGGCACAACCAAAGGAUAAUUAUGCAUUCUGGAGUACACAGCCCGUAUCGCAGUUUGGCGAGGAGGCCAGCACCUCCUCGAGUGAUAAUGGGCCCAUCGAUACGCCGAAGACGGUCGCUGACAUCCGCCAGGCACCAAACAGCCUGCCUGACAACUUCCAUUGGGACAACUGCGACAUUGAUGACGACAAGCAGCUGACGGAGGUGUACGACCUGCUGUGCCAGCAUUAUGUCGAGGAUGACGAGAACAUGUUCAGGUUUGCCUACUCUCCCGAGUUUCUGCGCUGGGCGCUCAAGCCACCCGGGACCAGGAGCGAGUGGCUGUGUGGUGUGCGGGUGACGUCCAGCGGGAAGCUGGUGGCCUUCAUCUCCGGCAUCCCCAUGCAGACGCGGGUGGAUGCACAGGAGCUGCCCAUGGUCGAGAUCAACUUCCUGUGUGUGCACAAGAAGCUGCGACACAAGCGCCUCGCCCCCGUCCUGAUCAAGGAGAUCACGCGGCGUGUGAACCUGGCGGGCAUCUGGCAGGCGGUGUAUACGGCCGGCGUGCUGCUGCCGCGCCCCGCGGCCGAGGCGCAGUACUGGCACCGCACGCUGAACCCGCGCAAGCUGGUGGCGGUGGGCUUCUCGCGCCUCGCCCCGCGCAUGACCGUGGCGCGUGCGGUGAAGCUGUACCGCCUGCCCGCCGCGCCCGCCUCGCCCGGCGUGCGGCCCAUGGCCCGCGCCGACGUGCCGGCCGUGGCGGCGCUGCUGGCGCGCCACCUGGCGCGCUACCGCCUCGCCCCCGUGCUCAGCGAGGCCGAGGUCGCGCACUGGCUCCUCCCCCUGCCGGACGUGGUGCACAGCUACGUGGUGGAGGGCGAGGGCGGCGCCAUCACCGACAUGCUCUCCUUCUACACCCUGCCCUCCAGCGUCAUCAACAACACCGAGUACAACACGCUCAAGGCGGCGUACAUGUUCUACACCGUGGCGGCCACCAUCCCGCUGUCCAAGCUGCUCAACGACGCCCUCAUCCUGGCGCAUACUACGGGGCAUGACGUUUUUAAUGCACUGGACAUCUUUGAGAAUGGGGAGGUCCUCAGAGACCUCAAGUUUGGGAUCGGGGAUGGCAAGCUGCGGUACUACCUCUACAACUGGAGGGUGGGCAAGACGCUGGUACCCAGCGAAGUGGGCCUCGUGAUGCUGUGA